AUGGUACGGAGAGCUGUUGAGCAACAGACACUUCUUCCGUUCUUCAGCAAGCACCAGGGCGUAAAUCCAACUAUCCUACCAGAAACACAAUCCCAACUCAUCCAUCAUGAGGACAGCCAAGUCCCCCAUACCCCCGCAGAAGGCUUUCCCGCUCAAUCGAGAGCUACUGAACAUACCCCAGAGGCUAUCCCGGAUGGAUUACAUGGGGCCGCUCUAACGGAUAGGGAUGGCAAAACCCAAGCCAUAUCUCUGCCCCUCGAGGCAACAUGUUCGAAUGGGAUUGAUGCAGCAACUAGUCAUCGGAGGAAAAGAUGCAAAAUAACAGACUCAGAGAAUACGAGCCCAGCCACUUUAUACUCUUCUUCAAAUUGCAAACAAGCUGCUGAAUCUCACGCUUCUCCCGCCACCUCUCAAUCUGGUCAUAUUGCUGAGGUGCAGUUUACUAAGGGCACCAUCUCUGGUCCGUCGACUGGCCCAAAUCCUGAAAACCAAAACCUCACGACAUCUGACAAAAGGCAAGAAGGAGACAGGAAGACAAUGCGGCUACGAUUGGACUCAAAAUUACUUAGCUCCUUCCCGCCAGGAGGUAACUCUGAGAGUACCCAGCUUCGCCAAAGUAGCAGGAAAUCGUCUCGCCUAAACACGGUUGCAAAAUUUAUUAAUCGGGUCAAGAUUGUAAAGAUGACAUAUAAUUCCAAUGAAACACCAAAACAGAAUAUUGGACAGGUCAUUGACGAUAUCAUGAGCGGCCGCACCACAUAUUCAGCGUUUAAAGGACGAGCAAUACAACCAAAGCUAGAACCUCGGAUGCAACCAACACUUACAGGUUCUCCUAAACCUACCCACCCUUUCUUCCUACCAAAGAGCCAGCAUCAAACCUCCCUUCAGGCUCCUCAGUCUUCAGAUACAGCGCCCCAUAGCGCGCCAACCGCCGCUACACUUUUACAAGAUUUGAUGCAGCCAAAAGCUAAAAAUUCUACUUCAGCAUCACGAGUCUUUUCUCCUCUUUCUUUUCCGUCAACUGUACAAAAGCCAAGAGCGCGCGGGGAGGGAGAAUCUCAUGAUCCGAUUUGGCCAUCUCGCGGCAUGGUACACGCCCGUGGUCCCAUCAAACCAAUAGACCCUCCACCCAGAAUAAACUUCGAAAGAAGGAAGGCAAAGCAGUCUACAGUUUUCAUCCCUGAGACUGAAACUGUUCUCUCAACAAUCUCCCUAUUUUCCGGGGAGCCGGGGUCUACUUCCAAACGACAACACUCAAAAGCUUUACGACGCCCAAAGAAGCAUGUUCUUAAAUGUGACGAGUUCAAGACGGCUGUUAUAGAAAAGCUUGGAGUGUGUAAUCCUGGACAGGGAGAGCAGAGCCCCUUGGAUACUUUACCUCAAACAUCACAUCCUGCACUAGUCAAACUUGCAUCAUCCCUAGAUACAGCGACCAGCUCCUUUGACAGGGGUGAAUAUGAUAAUAUCACGUGGCCGCAAAAAUACGCUCCUAAAACAGCUGCUGAGGCUCUUCUGGUUGGCUCUGAAACAUCAGUCCUGCGAAGUUGGCUACAGCACCAUGAAGUGUCGGCAGUCAAUACGGGGUUAAGUACAAACAGCCCAAGACAAACCCCGGACAGCAAAGCAGUACGGAAAAAGAAACGAAAAAAGCCGAAAGAUUUGGAUGGCUUUAUUGUUUCUAGUGAAGAUGAAGAUAGUGUCAUGAGUGAGCUUCAGAAUUCUGACGAAGAUGAAUUGGCGGGAGCGGUUACUGUUCCUACGGCAAAGUCAAUCAUUCGAUCGAAUGAUUUUGGAGCUAAUUCAACCAGGAGACCUGCGGCAAAUACUAUACUCAUCAGUGGGCCGUCUGGGUGUGGAAAGACUGCUGCGGUUUAUGCCGUAGCAGGCGAAUUGGGAUUCGAGGUAUUUGAAAUAAAUGCUAGCGCGCGAAGGAGUGCAAGGGACAUCGUCGAGCGCGUGGGUGAUAUGACCCAAAAUCAUCUUGUCCAACUUUUGAGCAAGACAGACGGUGGAUUGGACCAAGUUAGCCCGGGCACUUUGGAUAAUGACAACGGCCCUAAACAGAGCACGAUGGCUAGCUUCUUUGUGAAGAGGAGUGCGUCAAAGCCUACUAACACUAACGCAAUACAAAAGCCGCCUAGAGAUGAAAGCACCGAACCGUCAAAGUCUCAAAUAAACCAAAAGCAGUCUUUGAUACUGCUUGAAGAAGUUGACAUCUUAUUUAACGAGGAUAAGCAAUUUUGGAGUGGAGUGCUUGCAUUGAUCGGACAGUCAAAAAGGCCCAUUAUCAUGACCUGCACUGACGAGAGUAUACUCCCCUUAGAAAGUUUGGCUCUGCAUGCGAUUUUACGACUUCAGCCGCCGCCUACCAAUCUUGCGGCAGACUAUAUGCUAUUGCUCUGCGCAAAUGAAGGCCACCUUCUAGACCGCAAAGCCAUAUUGGACUUAUAUAUAGCUCUAGGGAAAGACCUUCGAGCUACUAUUAUGCAGCUGAACUUUUGGUGCCAAAUGGGCGUAGGUAGCCGGAAGUCAGGCCUUGAUUGGAUGGUCAGCCAGGAGGCAUUGGAUCUUCGGAAUUCUGGUGACUUGUUUCGCACAGUAAGCUCCGAUACCUAUAUGGAAGGCAUGGGAUGGUAUAGCGCAGAUACUGUUGUGGGUGAGCAGGAUCACCUGGAGCUUCGAUUGCAGCUGCUGACAGAAGGCAUGAACCAAUGGGGUAUCGGGUUAACGAGCUGGCUUGAAACGGGAAGCGGACGAAUUAGCGGCGGACUCAUCGGACAAACCGAUAGUUUGGAGCAGAUGGGCCGAGCAGCUGAUAUAAGGAGCUGUUUGGAUCUCAUGUGUGACGAAGAAUAUCAUGGUACCAAGUAUCCGCUGGAUCCAUCUAUUCCACCAAUCCCCGAAAAGCAGCGGCUGGAUUAUAUCGAAGGAUACCAACUUCUCCAAUCAGACCACCUCCGCACAGAGUACGACCAGCUAUCCGUAAAAAUAGGAGCAACUUUAAGCGUCCUUGCUGAAACAGUCCUCAGCUCUGCUGAGGUACACAUCGGGGAGCAAGAUGAUAUAUUGGAGCACGUCCUUGAACGAGCAGUUCCCCAAAGACCAAAACAGCUUUACAAGAAGGUAUUCCAGGACGCCUUUCAAGCAAUUAUUGAACCUCCCGACUACUCUGCCCCAGUGUCCGGGCUCCGACCCCUUUCAUUUGAGCAUGGAACUUCGGUCAUUGCCGAGGACGUUGCGCCAUAUAUUCGGCAUAUUGUUUCGUUUGAGAAGCAUCUAGAGCAAUACCGGCUACAGCUCAGUGGCGUUUUGCCCCAGGAAGGGCCACCAAGCAAGAGACCGAGAACGACGCGGGCAAGCAGGGCAGCAGUUGAGGGUCUUGACAAGGCAAGUAUCAGACGUGGGCGAUGGUUCUCCGGCAGAGUUAUCCCCGAGCAGGUCAUGGCGACUGGAGGGACAGGGUGGGAAACCAUCCUGCAAUACCCCCCAACAGUGGACCUGGCAGAGAUACAAACAAUAUUCGCCCCGAACAGACAGCUUUGGCGUCCUGCUCCGGCGGGUCUUUGUGACGGUGGAAUGCUCUGA